AAAUCACUUUAGGUAAUGACAUCACUAACAGACGUCUAUAAAACAAACUGAGUACGUUUGCCAGAUACCAUUGCUAGUCACUUGCACGAAGAGGGCGAAAAAACUAAAGCAGAAAAUAUCAACGCAAGCAGUCAGAGAAAAUGUUGGCGAAACUUUUGCUGGCGCUUUGUUGCAUAGCAGCAUGUGAAGGUAAAUAUAUAUAUAUAUGAAACCUUAAAUUUUAUGUACAAGAGGGCAUACCUACACCAGCAAAUUAGUUAAGUCACAACGUUAUAAAUAAAUUAUAAAAUGGGCAAACUGCGCACUUAAUUCAAUCUGAUUGGGAAAGGAAGUCAAAAUCUUGCUAAUUUCUCUUCAAAUUUCAAUCCAAAUUAACCUGUUUGUAUAUAUAGGGGGUGACUAGAUUCCAUUUCCACUGGCCUUGAAAUUCGCAUUACAGUCCAACCCCUAUCAAGCGGACACCUUCGGGACCUCGCCUAAGUGUCCAAGUUUGCUUUCGAGGCUCACGUAGUCCGCGUCCGUUAAAGAGGGGUGUCCGCAUAAUAGGGGUUAUGAUAAUAGUAUUUUAUUAAAGGAAACAAAUGGGACCUGAGAUGUGUGCCCGCUUAAAAGAGCUAGAUGUCCGCUUAAGAAAGGUGUCCGCUUAUAGGGGUUCGACUGUAUUCCCUUAAUUGCGAAAUUUUCAGCGAUAUAGGCGAUAAAUGGUGAAAGUGAACUUAAUAUUAAACGCCGUGGCGUUUAAUCGAGUAAAUAUGGUGUUCGAAUUUUCCCAAAAUUCGUUGAUUACUUGCUUACCUAAAGAUACCAUUGAUUUUUAGGAGGAUGGGUAAACCUUGGCCAUGGCUGUACUUCAGCUAGGGGAAAUCACCCCGCACUGCUUACAUACCGUGGGAAGUCUGGUUUUGUGUCAGCUUUCAGACUGACCCAUAUACGUGGAAAAAUUGGAUGUCAUGCUAAUGGAAGGACAAAUUGGGGAUGUACUGCCCAUCACCGUACCAACAUGUACGUUACAGAUGUGAGGAACGUUGUCAUGUACCCUUCACCUGUGUUGGUGAAGCCAUUUCAAUCCGGUGGAUGGUAUCAUAUCCCUGGCUACUUUGAGAAUUCACCCCAACUUGCCUUUUCAGAUGUUGGCCCCAGAUAUGUGUAUUCCGGAUACCAGAUGAGAGUAUGGUAUGGAGAGGAUCUGUACGGGUACACUGAAGGCGAUAACCAUGGCCACACCUGCUUCAAAGCUGAGAUAUUCGUCGUUUACUAUGCAUGAAUCAUGUGAAAUAUCAAUGAUACAUGUGAAAAAAGCUGGACCUGCAUGAUUAGACUCAAUAACCCAUGUUUAACGAUAGCUACGUACUUUUAUUGUUUUGUUUUCUUAAUUGUAUGAGCCAUUAUAUUCCAAUCAUUUAGUUAGUAAAUAAGACAUAUUUGUUGUGAAGUUAAAUGCAUAUAUUGCUGAUUUUUGUAAUGCAUGCGUACAAAUAUUAUACAAUGUAUAGUAUUAUAAUGCAGUGAAGCGUGAUAAAAUUUAAUAAUAAAAACAUGCUAUUGAAAAGAGGUUGAAUCUGUUCACUACUGGGGGGCCCCCACUACUGUAUAAGGGGCCAUGCAAAUAUACGGAGCCGGAGCAAAAGGGGACGGGGUGCAUACUUUUUUUGAGCUGCAUAGAAGC